AUGGGACGCGAUCGGAACGCGAGCGACGGCGUCGACGUCGUGCAGGGGACGGGGGCGUUCGGGUACGGUGGGUAUCAGGAGGGGGUGGGGUACGAGGACGCGCGCGCGCGCGCCGAGGCGGAGCGCGCGGAGCGGGAAAAGUGGGCGCGGUGGGAAGCCGAGGACGAAGAGCGCGAGUCUCGCAAAGCGGAGAAGAAGGCGGAGAAAAAAGCGGAAGAUCGGGCGAAGAAGGAAAAAUCGCGCGCGAGGCGUUGGCAAAAGUACGACGAAGCUUGGGCGCGGUUGGACGCCGACUCGGGCGCGUCGUCGGAACCGCUUCGCUACGCCGACGUUCCUUGGCCGCCGAAAAUGAAAGAGCUCCUCGACCGCGAAGCCGGCGGCGCGAGCGCCACCGAUCGCGAGCGCAAGCUCGCGUACCACCGCUGCGUGAAGCGGUGGCACCCGGACAAGUUUCUCGCCAGAUUCCGCGCGCGCCUCCGCGCCGACGACGCCGAGCGCGUCGUCGAGCGCGUCGAGGCGGUCGCCAAAUCCUUGACCAUCGCCUACGCCGCCUCCGCCUCGUAG